GGCUACAGCUACUACAUCAGAUAAACCUUUUGCCAAUUUCGAUUUUUUUUUGCAAAUACAUUCUCUCCCUUACGUGAAAAUAAUAUAUGGAGUACGGAGUAUGUUUAUUUUUCUCUGUGACGGUGUGGGAGCAACCCUCGACCAAAUCCCCCGCCGCCGGCCCCUCACCUCUCUUCUCCGGCAAGAUGCCGGCAACGAGCUGGGAGAGGCCCCCACCCCCGUGCAGCUCUAGCCAGGUAGUAGUGCAUCUUGUAGGCUUCCUCUUGUGCUACAGAUCUGAUGGAACUCCCCAAGCUCUGGCUCCGGCGUUCCUCGUCGGCCAUGUAGCUGCGGUCGAGGCUUCAAUCAGGAGCAUCGACGGUUUUAGCUCCUGAUUUCGUGAGUUCAUUCGUGCACUGUUCAAUCAUGAAUCCCCAAUACUUCAAUAGAUUUAUUAUUAUUCCCCUUGUGGCUGCCUGGCUGGUUGCUGGGGUCGAUCCCCUUUCUGGUGCUUCCGGACCAUCGCUGGGAGGCUGCUAAGAAGAUCGAUUAGACAGUGACAGCUUGGAGUUCUCAAGCCUGUCGAUGUGUGUGUGUGCGCGUGCGCCUGGAGUUGGAGCAGUGUAUGGAGUGAUGAAUCCUGCAGACUUGAUUGGGGAAUAUGUUAUGGAAUAAUUAGGGAAUUUGUGAAGGUCUAAAGUACCUUCACACGAGAUCUAGCCCUAUUUACCAUCUUGAUUUAAAACCUGCAAAUAUAUUGCUGGAUGAAGAUAUAGUACCAAAAAUUGGAGAUUUUGGUUUGUCCAGACUUCUUGGUUCAACACAAACCUGUGUCGUCACUCAAACAUUUAUAGGAACACGGCUGCAGGCAACAAUGUCGUUGGAUACAUCACAGGAAGUUAAGACUUGCAUCGAAGUAGCGUUAAGAUGUGUGGAUUCUGACCGAGUGAGAAGGCCUACCAUAGCCGAGAUUGUCGAUGAACUGGGUCAUCGACUUCCAAAGAAAGCAGGCCUUCAACAAACAAUACGCAAGAUCAAAUUAUUCAUUUGCACAAUUUUCCUUCAGCGACGACGAGCCAAUCACUAUUGCUCCUCCAAAUUCAGUGCAGCUGGUGAUCAAGAACAACAAGGAAGCCCCAUUCAAGGAGAACAGCCAGAAGCUGAUGCUGGAGCUCACUGGCAGCGACUCUACCAUUGACCGGCCAGGCCUGGACCUGGUGGCCAUUCUGGACAUGAGUGGCAGCAUGUCGGGUGAGAAGAUGAGCGAGCUGAAGAUCGCAAUGCAGUUUGUCUUAAGGAAGCUUUGCCCCAUUGACCGCCUCUCCAUUGUCAGCUUCUCUGAUGGUGCCGCGAGGCUCUGUCCGCUGCGGCAGAUAGAAUUGCAGAAGAUAAUGGAUGGUCUUAUGUCUCAAGGUGGCACCAACAUAAGGGACGGCCUUCAGACAGGACUGAAGGUCCUUGCCGACCGCAAGGUGAGUGAUGGCCGCAUCAUCGCCAUCAUGCUCAUGAUGUCUGACGGCCAGCAGAACCGAGGUGGUGAUGCUGCCCAAGUCAUUGUCGGCAACGUGCCUGUAUACACGUUUGGUUUCGGCCCAUACAGUGACUCUGAGGUGCUCAAUGCGGUCACGGCUAAGAGCAUGGGUGGGACGUUCUCUGUCGUCCAUGACAUGAGUGGCCUGACCAUGGCCUUCUCCCAGUGCCUCUCUGGCCUGCUUACCGUUGCUGAUCAGGACCUCAAUCUGACGGUGUCACAUGUCGGAGACAAGUCAAUGAUACAGAAGGUGAUCGCCGGGAGCUAUUGGCAGACAAGACAGGACGCUGAAUCCGGUUCAGUGACUGUCGGCUUCGGCGACCUGUACAGCAAGGAAGUGCGCAAGGUCAUUGUCAACCUCCUCUGGUUGAGGGUGAGGGCAGCACUGAGAAGUGAGAUCCUCAAGAUCACAUACUCAUACAAGAGCUCUUAUGGGAGGUUGACUGUUGCGGAUCUUGAGACGCUGACUGUGUGGCGCACUGGCAUGGCGGUCUUACAGGUGGAGAAGCUGCCAGCAGAGUUGCAGAUGGAGGAGACCCGUGUGCAGAUAGCGAGUAUGAUCAAGGAGGUGAGAACCAUGGCGGACGGCAUGAAGUUGCAGGAUGCCCAGGACAAGCUAGUGAAUCCCCAGAACAUGCUGGAGGAGGUGGCGGAGCAGUUUAACCCAAUGGUGGGCAUGCUCAGGACUGAGCUGCUGGAGCUCCUCAAGGUCUUGAAAACCCCUGAAACAUACCAAUGGUAUGGCCGUCCCUCCGCGCUGUCGUCUGAGACCUCGCACGACCGGCAGCAGCAUCAUUUUGCGUCGAGGGGCAGCGGUGACAUCGAGACCGUGUCGCAGAUGUUUGCACGGAUGGACAUGUAUCUGGAGCAGGCCAAGAUUUUCCAUAGGGAUCCGACGAGACCAGUCACGUCGGUAGAUGAUGACGUCAAGGAGGAGAUCGCCCUUGCCUAUUCCACUAGGGUUCAACAACAGUGGAUUUUCUGAAGCCAGCUGCCCCUCAUCCUAGCCGUCCGUCGGAGAUGCUUUUCUUUGAGGUAUGUGUUCUUAAAUUUUUUUACGGAGAUUUUUUUUUGACGGAGUGUGUUCUUAAUUUUCAGCUAUGAACAUAGUGUAUACAUUGGUUGUGUGCAUCAAUCGAUGUAGAGUGCCGGAACACAGUUCCAAUGCUGCGUGCCAUCUCUGCGUUGCUGAUGUUGGAUCGCCACUGAUUGAGGUUAUAUAUUGAGGCCUUUUACGGCAGGGACGAAUGAAUAGAAGCCCUCCAUUUAGCAGAUCUAAGGGAUUAAAUAUAUCAAUACUAGGAGAUCAAAAGAGUAGUAUUUACUUUUACUACUAGUAAAAAAGGUAAAAUCCUAGACAAAUCCUCCACGAUCCAUAUGAAUCCACGAGGAUGAUUUCUUUCCUCCAUUAUAAUACAUGACCAUAAAUGUGACCAUAAAAUAUAUUUUUUACAUAUUUGAUGAAAAAAGAGUUAUCGACUCAUACAUCUAAAUCUAAAUAGCACUCUUUUAUUAAUUUUAUUUGUUACUCGCGGUAAUUAUCGCACGAGGAAAAUGUGUAUCCAGUUUUUUCUUUAUUGAAAAAACAAACCAUGGUAUCGGAGUUCUUAAAUGUUUCACGAUUCUUUUGGUUGACUUUUGGUCAAUUCUUUCGGUUCAUGGAACAACUAUAAUAAGUGACUCAUGUUGAGAAAUCCGAGAUCUUUGUUGGGUUCGUCUCGUGAAAUUGGUUGAAACAACUAUAGAUUGUUCGGUUCUAACUUUUACAUGAAUUUUUGUUUAAAAAUAACAUUUUUGAAGGAAAAAUCCAUUCGAUCUACCAAAUCAAUUAGGGAUACUCUCAUGGUAGUCUUUCUAGGCUGAGGGAUUGAUGCACAUGGUUGACGUAAGCACACCUAAAUAAGGGGCGGACCUGCCGGUAUGGCAUGGUGCGGCCCGCGUCACACCUAAAUUUUGGCCCAGAAGCCCAAUAUAGGUAUACUAUCCUACCUCAGCCCAGCCCAACCUAGCCUCUACUAUGUCGGUCUAGCCUGCUCACGUAAGUGAAAUUCCAUCGAUAGUGUGCCAGGACGGUUCCCGAUCGGCCGAUCUGCUCGUCUGUUCGACUCCUCCUGCCUCACGAGACUCCCUUCUGUUCUGCCGCCGCUAAGCACCAAUCUGCAGCGCACGGUGAACCGAACUGCAGACUGCCGGAGACAGAGAAGAGAGAAGGGGCCAUGGCCAGCGCAGCGUAUCAGCCCUCAGGACUGUCGUCACAGCAGCAGAACGCCAGGUCGCCGGCAACGACGAGCGACUGGGCGAGCGGGCGGGAGGCCACGGCGACGGGCGUUGCGCCUGUCUGUGGAAGUGCGGAGGCGCUGAGCGGCUUAGGCGACCGGCGAGCCGGUGAGGAGCACCUUUGCCCAGAUGCCGCCUAAGAAGAAAUCACGAUAUGUGAUGCGAGAUAUAAAGAUCUUCUUUGGCAAUGAUGGUAGCACUAGCAGAGUAAAUCCACCCUCUGUACAAGGAGAAGAGCACCAAGACCAAGAGGUCCAAGAUCAGUCCCCUGUCCAAGAUGAUCAUAUAUAGAGAUUGAGGAUGCAGAUGCAGAGAAUCAAGAGAAUGUGAUAGAGAACCAAGAAAAUUCUGGCCAAGGAGAAGAGGAAGAGAACCUAGAACAUUCUGGCCAAGAGGAAGAGUUAAUUGAAGAAUGGAACAUAGGCCACAUUGAGGUAGAUCCUGGGCUUCGUAUUCCAAUUGAUAAUUUUCAUCCCAACGUUAGAAAUCAAGUUAGGUUGGUUUAUGUGGCAAAAGGUCCAACUCAACCAUCUGGUCAUAAAUAUAGAAUUGACCAUUGCGGUAGGCACUUUUGUGAAAAAUGGUAUAAAAAGAAUCCUUGGUUGGAAUUUAGUGAGUCAAAGAAUGCAGCUUAUUGCUUCUAUUGCUUUCUUUUUAAAGUAGAACCAGUUGGUGAAAAAUUUGGUUGUACCGCCUUCACAAAAGGUGGGUGGGAUACUUGGAAGAAUGCAUAUAGAGCACUUCCUCUUCAUGUUGGUAAUGUUAUGAGUAUCCACAACAUAGCAAGGACAGCACAUGAUGAUUUCAAAAAUCAAAAGUCAAGUGUGGAAUAUAAGGUUACAACUUACAACAAGGAAUCACAAGUGAAAUAUGAGACCCGUUUGGAAACAUCUUUGGGCAUUGUAAGUCAUCUUAUGUUGCAAGGUGAAGCAUUCCGUGGGCAUGAUGAAUCUGCCCUUUCCUUAAAUAAGGGUAAUUUUCUAGAGAUGCUUGAUUGGCACAAAGCAAGAAAUGAGGAAGUGAGGAUUGCAUUUGAGGAGCUAUGUCCCCAAAAUGCCCAAAUGAUUUCUCCAAAGAUUCAAAAAGCACUUGCAAAAACUUGUGUUGAUGGGGUUCGUAAAGCAAUUAAGCAAGAGAUGGGCGAUGGUCUCUUCUCAGUUCUUAUUGAUGAAUCUCGUGAUAUAUCAGUCAAAGAGCAAAUGGCCCUGGUUGUGAGGUAUAUCAACAAGGGGGAAGUUAUUGAAAGAUUUUUGGGUAUCAAGCAUGUCACGGAGACAACAACGGAAGCACUAAAGAAAGCAUUGGUUGAGGUUCUUGGUAAUCAUGGGCUACUUAUUGCAAAUUUAUGUGGGCAAGGGUAUGAUGGGGCUUCUAAUAUGAGAGGAGAAUUCAAUGGUGUUCAAAAACUGGUCCGUGAUGAGAACCCGUAUGCUUUCUAUAUGCAUUGUUUUGCUCACUGGUUGUAGUUGGUAGUUGUUGCUAUCUCAAGAUGUUGUACGUCCAUUGAGGACUUCUUUGAAUAUGUGGCCUUGAUUGUAACCAGUACCGGCUCAUCUUGCAAGAGGAAGGAUGUAUUGCUUGAUAAGCAACGCAUAAAUCUGUUGGAAAAGCUAGAGAGUGGAGAGAUUUUAUUAGGAAGAGGCAAAAAUCAGGAAACAUCUUUGGCUAGACCGGGUGACACAAGAUGGGGCUCUUGAUCAUUAUAGGACUUUAGCUCGUAUUGAAUCAAUGUGGGCUGCAGUCGUAGAAGUGCUAGAGAUUGUGCAUAAAGAUGAACGCAAUCCAUCUAGAGCAGGAGGUUUGGUGCAUCUAAUGGAGUCUUUUACCUUUGUGUUCAUCAUGAAGUUGACGUUGCAAAUCCUUCGCAUUACAAAUGAGCUAUCACUUCUUUUGCAAAACAAGGAUCAAAAUAUUGUUCAAGCCAUGUCUUUUGUUACAGAUGUGAAAUCAUGCUUGGUCAACUUGAGGAGCAAUGGUUGGGAACCAUUAUUUGAAGAUGUCAAAAUUUUCUGCACUGCAAAUGAUAUUCCAGUGCCAAAUAUGGAUGAAGCUGUACCAAGAUUUGGCCAAUCAAGAAGAGGAAGGAGAAAUAACAUUAGCACUGAACAUUUUUUUCGUGUUGAUACCUUCUAUGCAGCUAUAGAUGCUAUCACCACUGAGCUAGAUCAUCGCUUUAAUGACAUGACUUCAGAAUUGCUUGCUGCCUUUGCUUGUCUUGAUCCAAGAGACUCAUUUGCCAAGUUUGAUUUGGACAAACUUGCUAGUCUUACAAACAUCUAUGAUGCAGAUUUCUCGUAUGAUGAUCGCAAGCCUAUCAAAGUUGAGCUUGAGUUAUUCAUGAGCCACAUGAGAAGACAUGAUGAGUUUAGAGUUUGUUAUGAUCUUGCAAGCAUAGCCAAAAAGAUGUUUGAACUUGAAAGAAAUAUUAUGUUUCCUCUGGUUUAUCGCCUUAUUGAGUUGGGGUUGCUAUUACCGGUGGCGACGGCAUCGGUUGAAAGAGCCUUUUCAGCCAUCAAGAUUAUCAAGACCGAGUUGUGCAACAAGGUGUCCGAUUGUUGGCUUAAUGACUUAUGGUGUGCUGCAUCGAGCGAGGGUUAUUCAAAGGACUUGAUCUUAAUGAACUCAAGAAAGAAUCUCAGAAGGAAGGUAGAAUAAUACCAUUACCGCGGUAUACUAAACGCAAAUGAGGUGGAUAUGGGCCGCAAUGGUACCUUUUCUACGGACUACUUCGAUGCGGCCGAUGGAGGCGGCGACCGGUCGCCGGACCAGCCACCCGACCAUGGACACGGACGGAGAUCAGCGACGGCGCUCUCAUGCUCCGCCCGCAGCCCUCCGCCUCGGCCCCGGCAUGGGAUCGAGGGCCGGUGCCUACUGCGCUGACGGGGACGAGACUCGCCGAAAAAGUACUCGAUUCAAGAUACUAGAACGGAACUUGUGGAAACUUGAUAGGGAUCAGGAGGGGUGGGGAUUGCAACUGCUCCGUCAAGCAUUUGUGUCACCUUCAGCAUGUUGGGUCGCAUGGUUGGGUUCUCCUGGAGGCACCACAGCGCCACUGCCACAAAUCUUUCCACCUUCGUAAUGUUGAAGAUCGCCUCCUCAUCAUCCUCGACUUACAACUCAAACGUAUGGGACCUAUAGCAGUCAUUUGCCCAAUAAGUCAGUAUAGUCUUCUCUUCAUCAGUGAACUCCAACUCAACAUUCCUUCUGCAACAAACAAGCUCUAGUAGUAUCACCCCAAAGCUGUAGACAUCGACCUUGGAUGUGAUCCCAAUGUUCUAGAACCACUCAGGGGCUACAUAUCCUCGAUUACCUCAAAUUCCAGUGUUUGUUCGUGUCUGAUUUGUCAGCAGAAGCUUUGCUAGGACAAAGUCUGAAAUCUAUGCUAAAAGGCUGUCAUCAAGAAGAACAUUCUGUGGCUUUAUGUCACAAUGAAUAAUCUGUUUACUGCACUCCUCAUUUAAGUACAGCAACCCUCCUGCCACCCUAA